AUGAAAACACUUAUCUGUGUUUUAUUUUUAACGUCAUUUCUCGCGGUGCUCGAAAGUAGAGUUGCCUUGCCGAAUAGUUUGAUAGAAAUUUUAUCAGAAAUUCCGAAACUUUUCAUCGAAGAUGCAGAAAUUGUUGGAUGUACAAUUGAUAUUAACAAAGAUUUUAAAUUUCCGGAGCCACUUUUGAUGACACAUCAUGCGGAAGGGACAAAACGUGACUUUUUACAACCGCUGAACAACAGCAAAGGCUUAAUUCAUCUCGAUUCCAAUGAGGAGUUUGAACUUCAUUGCAGUCAUGGCUUCAAAGAAACUUUUGAUGGGAAAUCCCUUAAAGCGAGAUGUUUGCGAGGAACAACUUUCGUCAUCGAAAAUCGUAAAAUGACACUAAAAGAAGUCUCGUGCAAGCGAAAUACCUUUCACACAACACAAAAGGCGGGAAAAUGCAAAAAUAAUGGAACUCUCAUAGAAAUCGGAUAUGAAAUCCCGUCGUUGGUACCUGACAUCAACAAUAAUUUGGAAAAAACUUUUCAUAAAUUGAUCACAACUUGCACCGACAUCAUCAGAGAUCGAACUUUUUGGAGUCAUGUCACGCUAACGGCAGCAAAUAUGGGCAAACAGAGUGGCGUAUCAAGACCAAGUUUUCUCACAGGGCGCGAUCAUUUCACGAGCAAGAAUUUAAACGCAUUAUAUGGCAAAAAUAAUCAAAUUGAGCAAUUAACGAAACUUUUGGGGACUGAAAUUGCUCCAAAAAUCCUCGUUACUGAGAAACAAUUUCUUAAUAGAGGUCAUUUGACGCCCAAAGCAGAUCUAAUUAUGGGUACAGGACAACGAGCGACCUUUUAUUUCGUAAAUGUAGCACCUCAAUGGGCGAGUUUUAAUUCCGGGAACUGGUUAAAGAUCGAAGAGAGUGUCAGACAGCUCGUGGCAGAACGAGAUUUGAUAGCUGACGUCUAUACAGGCACCCAUGGAGUCAUUUCUUAUCGCGAUAUCAACGGGACGAAGCAAGAAUUUUAUUUAAAUUACGAUGAAAAUGGAAAUGGAUUGAUUCCUGUGCCGAAAAUCUAUUUUAAAGUCAUCGUGGAUCGGAAAUCUAUGAAAGGAGUCGCUCUCAUUGGCGUCAAUAACCCUUACGUGACCUUGAAAGAGAUCAAACGAGACUAUAUUUACUGUGAUGAUGUCAGUCCGGAGAUAAAAUGGGUUCGCAACAUACAAGAAAGACCCUCAGAUGGUUAUUACUACGCUUGUAAAGUCCCAGAUUUAGCAAAAGUUGUACAAACACUGCCCGAAUUGCAUGUGACAGGUCUUUUAAUUUAAGUUUUCUUCUAAAAAAAAAUAAAUAUUAAUUGUAUUUAAUUCUAAUUGCGUGAUUGAACUUUCUUCCUGGCUCGUAAAGGUAAUUUUUGGAAACUGCCCAAACACUGCCUUUCCAACCG